GAGGAAGAGGAGGUGAAGGAGGAAGAGAAGGAGGAAGAGGAGGGGAAGGAGGAGGACUGAAGGUCUCCAUGAAGACCCCCAGAGGUCCUGUUUAUUGUGUCUGCAGGAAAUCCGACAUCAACUGUUUCAUGAUAGGGUGCGACAGCUGUACCGAGUGGUUUCAUGGAAACUGUGUUGGCGUCUCAGAGAAAGCAGCUAAAUCCAUCAGAGUUUGGUUUUGUCCGUCCUGCAGAGAUAAAGAUCCGUCUCUGGAGAUUAAAUACCGUCUGAAGAAGACCAAGGAGGAGAAAGAGACGGAGACGGAGGACCAACCUGAUGGAGACGGGAGCUCCACCCAGACCAAGAUGGACAGGAGGCGAGGCUCACAGAUCAAGCGCUCGGCCCGGAUGUGUGGCGAGUGUGACGCCUGCCUGAGGACGGAGGACUGCGCUCUGUGCGACUUCUGCAAAGACAUGAAGAAGUUCGGAGGUCCAAACAAGAUCCGGCAGAAGUGUCGCAUGCGGCAGUGUGAGGUUCGGGCCCGGAAGAUGCUUCGUGUCAAAGAAGAGGAGAUGAGUCGGAGUGGAAUCAGGGGGCGUGGCCUGUCGAGGAAAGGAGCGGGGCUUCAGACGGAGGACGAGGAUGAUGACGAUGAUGAUGACGAGGUGGCCUUCAGCGGGAGCGAGCUGGAGUUGUAUGAGCAGUACAAAGCUGCCGGAUACCAAGACCUGGUGUGGCACAGCGAGGAAGAGGACGCCCAGUCAGACUCCCUGAGGAAGAAGGCCGUGAAGGUGAAACACGUCAAGAGGCGAGAGAAGAAGACGGAGAAGAAGAAAUCUGUCUCUGCCCCUAAAGCGGAGGUGAAGCCUCGCCGCCACAAGGCCAAGCAGCGUCACAAGGAGCGAUUGCGUCACAGCGAGCGAGCGGGAGAGGGCGGAGCUAAGGAAGUGGGCGGGGCUCUGCGUCAGUGUCAGGGACCAGGAUGUGUCCAACUCACGAGGACCAACUCCAAGUACUGUUCUGAGGAAUGCGGCAUGAAACUCGCAGCCAAUCGUAUAUAUGAGAUUCUCCCUCAGAGGAUCCAGCAGUGGCAGCAGAGUCCGUGCGUUGCGGAGGAAAUGGGGCGGAGACAGCUGGAGCGAAUCAGGAAGGAGCAGCAGGCCGCCAGGCUCCGCCUUACGCUGAUGGAGAAGCGCUUCCACGAGCUCGAAGGCAUCAUCGCCAACGCCAAGCAGCAGCAGGUCCAUCACCACGAGGAGGUGACGGAGGGGGAAGGUGAUGACACAGACCUCCAGGUCUUCUGUGUGUCCUGCAGUCACCCCGUCAAUCCGAAGGUGGCGCUGAGACACAUGGAGAGAUGCUACGCUAAGUAUGAGAGCCAGACAUCGUUUGGCUCCAUGUACCCAACACGAAUAGAAGGGGCGACCCGGCUGUUCUGUGACGUGUAUAACCCUCAGAGUAAGACGUACUGUAAGCGGCUGCAGGUUCUGUGUCCCGAACACUCCAGAGAUCCCAAGGUCCCAGCAGACGAGGUGUGUGGGUGUCCUCUAGUGAAAGACGUGUUUGAGCCGACUGGAGAGUUCUGCCGCCUGUCGAAGAGGAAAUGUAACAAACACUACAGCUGGGAGAAGCUGAGGAGGGCGGAGGUGGACCUGGAGAGGGUCAGGGUGUGGUAUAAGCUGGACGAGCUGUUUGAGCAGGAGAGGAAUCUGAGGACAGCGAUGACGAACCGAGCCGGUUUAUUGGCUCUCAUGCUGCACCAGACCAUCCAACAUGACCCAAUCACCACGGACCUGCGCUCUGCCAAGGACAGGUAGAGGGACAGACAGGUAGAGGGACAGACAGGUAGAGAGACAGGUUUAUUGGCUCUGAUGCUGCACCAGACCAUCCAACAUGACCCAAUCACCACAGACCUGCGCUCUGCCAAGGACAGGUAGAGGGACAGACAGGUAGAGGGACAGACAGGUAGAGGGACAGACAUGUAGAGGGACAUGUAGAGGGACAGACAUGUAGAGGGACAU